UCUUCUUUAUAAAAGAAAGUCUUGUCUUUACCUUAGCAGUUACCCUAACCAUUUUCUCUCUUGUUCUCAGAGAAAUUCCAGUCGAUGUCUUCCAAGUGAAAAACAUGAACGUUAUCAUUCGCAUCUCGUCAACGUCGACGAUUUUCCCGGUGAAAAUUUAUCGGAAAUUCAUUUUCUCGACGACCUAUCUUCCGUUCUGUACUUACAAUUCAACCUGUACGGCUCCCACAUCGAACGAUUCCGACCCACUAAUCAUCUCAGACCUUAUUUCCAGGCAACAAUGGUCAACCCUCAAAUCCCAUUUCAAAUUCAAAAGUCCCGUCGAUUUUCUUCACCAAUUGCUUGGUUCGGGAGCCGUCGACCCAUUGCUUGUUCUCAGGUACUUCAAUUGGUCCCAGAAAGAGCUUAAAGUUAAUUACAACAUCGAACUCUUUUGCAGACUCAUACAUUUAUUAGCCAAUGCUAAAUGUUACCCCAAAAUUCGAUCAUUUCUCGACUCUUUUGUAAAGGGUGAAACAAAUUGCUCGAUUUCUUUGAUUUUUCAUACGCUUUCGGUGUGUAGUGAUCAAUUUUGUGCUAAUUCGAUAAUUGCUGAUAUAUUGGUGUUAGCUUAUGUGAAAAAUUCGAAAACGGUUUUGGGAUUGGAGGCGUUUAAGAGAGCUGGUGAUUAUGGGUAUAAGUUAUCUGUGUUAUCUUGUAACCCAUUGUUGAGUGCCUUGGUGAAGGAGAAUGAAUUUGGGGAUAUGGAAUUUGUGUAUAAAGAGAUGAUUAGAAGGAAAGUUAAUCCUAAUUUGAUUACAUUUAAUAUUGUGAUUAAUGGGUUAUGCAAGGUUGGGAAAUUGAAUAAAGCUGGAGAUGUUAUUGAUGAUAUGAAAGUAUGGGGAUUCUGGCCCAAUGUGGUUACCUAUAACACUCUCAUUGAUGGGUACUGUAAAAUGGGUAAGGUUGGGAAGAUGUAUAAAGCUGAUGCUAUUUUGAAGGAAAUGGUGGCAAAUAAAGUUAGCCCAAAUGAUGUAACUUUUAAUACAUUGAUUGAUGGGUUCUGUAAAGAUGAAAACGUAUUGGCUGCAUUGAAGGUGUUUGAGGAAAUGCAGAGUCAGGGUCUGAAGCCUACUGUAGUAACGUACAAUUCUUUAAUUAAUGGUUUGUGCAAUGAAGGAAAACUGAAUGAGGCAAAAGUUUUGCUUGAUGGAAUGCUGAGUUCAAACUUGAAGCCUAAUGUCAUUACUUAUAAUGCCCUGAUUAAUGGGUAUUGUAAGAAGAAGUUAUUGGAGGAAGCUAGGGAGUUGUUUGAUAAUAUUCGAAAACAAGGGCUGGCUCCUAAUGUUAUAACAUUUAAUACAUUACUUGAUGGAUAUUGCAAGUGUGGGAAGAUGGAAGAGGCAUUUUUGCUGCAGAAUUUAAUGUUAGAGAAAGGAUUUCUCCCAGAUAUCUCAACCUACAAUUGUCUUAUCGUUGGUUUUUGUAGGGAGGGAAAAAUGGAGGAAGUCAAGAAGCUUUUAAAUGAAAUGGAACGUAGGGGUGUGAAAGCAGAUACGGUGACUUACAAUAUUUUAAUAAGUGCAUGGUGUGAGAAAAGGGAGCCAAAAAAGGCAGCACGGCUCGUUGAUGAGAUGCUUGAAAGGGGAUUACAGCCAAGUCAUUUGACAUUUAACAUCUUGUUGAAUGGUUAUUGUAUGGAAGGAAACUUAAGGGCUGCUUUGAAUGUGAGGAAGCAAAUGGAGAAAGAAGGAAGAUGGGCUAAUGUGGUAACUUAUAAUGUGUUGAUUCAAGGUUAUUGUAGAAAAGGAAAAUUGGAAGAUGCAAAUGGACUUCUUAAUGAAAUGCUGGAGAAGGGAUUAAUACCGAAUCAAACUACUUAUGAGAUAAUUAAAGAGGAAAUGAUGGAGAAAGGGUUUCUCCCUGAUAUAGAAGGCCAUCUUUAUCAAGUCUCCCGCUAGAAGUUAAUCAAUGACGUCUCAACUCUACCAGUGUAAUAAACUGUAUAGACUUUGUAAGUCGCUGAUCUGGCCGACAUGAUCAGAGCUAGAGGACAUUCAAGCCUGCAGGAUUGGUGAUCGGCAAUAAUCCCAACUCGGGGAUGAAUAUCUGCAGCAAUUGGCGUUUCCCAUGUCUUACCACCGAUCUUUGCUUCCAAUGAUGUUGAUUGGCUAUUUAAGCUUUAAGCUAGUCAAUCGACUCCUCAUUGUAGAAAGAAGCAGCAGCAGGCAUAUUAUCCUGAGAAACAAGAUAUGAAUCUAGUGUACUGCAAUCUUGACCUAAUCUGAUUUGCCCUGUUGGUUCAUAUGGAGCUGCAUUUUGCCGAUUUCCUUCCCUGCUUCAUAUUAGUCCUGGAUAUAACAUGGAGGUUUGAGUCCAUCGGCUGAUAAGUUAUGGCAAUUGUCUGUAUCCCGAUCCUCGUCCUCAAGUCAGAAGCAAACAGUAUCAGCCACAGAUCAGGUAGACGUGGAGGUAUGACGCGAAUGUUGCUACAAAAAGGUCGGUCAAUAGCACAGCUAUGAUAGGAAACUGAUCUUUUAAAAUGUAUUUAUUGAUAAAGUGUGAUUACACGAUUGUAUAUCAAAUAGCUAAACGAUGGAUAUAUACUUUACUAGAUGAUGACAACCAGUCAAUAACUACACGAUCACUUACACUUGUUA